CUUUCAAAGGUCACGCUGCUGUCAUCGCUGGAAAAUUUUGUGUAUACUUUUUCGCUAGAGUUUUCUCUUUGAUUUUCCCGGAAUGGAAGCCCCCGACACUUUUUACAACAAGGAAGAAUAUGUGGAGACGGCUUCCGGAAAUAAGGUGAGCAGGCAAACUGUACUCUGUGGAUCACAAAACAUCGUUUUGAAUGGGAAAGUAAUUGUUCAGAGUGGUGCAAUAAUCCGUGGAGAUCUGGCGAAUGUCCGGACAGGAAGGUACUGCAUAAUAAGCAAGGAUGCUGUUAUCCGGCCUCCGUAUAAGCAAUUCAGCAAAGGAGUGGCGUUUUUUCCCAUUCACAUUGGGGACCAUGUGUUCGUGGGCGAAGGAUCCGUUGUAUCUGCAGCUUCUAUCGGCUCCUAUGUUCACAUUGGGAAGAAUGUGGUGAUCGGGAGACGAUGUAUCCUCAAGGAUUGCUGCAUGAUUGAGGACAAUGCUGUACUUCCGCCGGAAACCACCGUGGCGAGUUUUAUGCGCUUCACUGCAAAUGGGACGAUUGUUGGUGGUCAGGGCAAUCCCAAUUUUGUCCCAGCUGCUAUGCAGGAUCUCAUGAUGGACUAUACAAAGAAUUACUAUGACCAUUUCAUCCCAGCUAUCGCCUAAAAUUCCAUUUUUUAUCAUUAAUUUAUUGAAAAUUCGUGAAAUACAUAUUUUUUAUUCAAAAUAUAUCGACAUCAGCGCAUCUGA